AUGGAAUCGGCAUUUGCGGGCUUCUGUGAACAGUAUUCUAUAAGAAUGAGGAGUACACGAUCAACUUCAUUCAAGUCGAAGUUCAAGAACAUAGCAGCAACGACCUUGAAUCUUGAAGAUGACGAUGAUGAUUUCGUUGCGCAACCUUUCGUUGCGCAACCUUUCGUUGCGCAACCUGAAGAACAAGUACAUGAAGAAGAACAACAUGUGAAACGAGAAAGAAAGUCAAAGAAAAAGCUUGAUAAAUCAGUUGAACCAAAGAAAAGUCCUAAAUCUUUAAAUGUACUACUUUUGGAAAGAGAGAUAAGGUCAAAGAGGAAAUAUGAUAGAGUUCCAAUUGUAAAAUUUUUAAAGAAUAAGGGAUACCCACCUAGUUUAAGAUACAUUCCAAUCAGAAUGAAACGUGAUAACAUCACUAUAGUUGUUAGGGGGAUGUCACCAGAACAAAAACAAGCAAUCUUGAGAAUGGGUUUUGGGUCAAUUCUGCAAAUGAAUAUUACAAGUUAUCUGGGGCAACUAAGCUACUAUCUUUUAGAUGUGUAUGAUUCCGAUAGUAAAAGACUUGUCCUACAAAACUUAUUUAUUGAGAUAACAGAACAAACAAUACAUGAUAUGAUGGGGUUGCCAAUUGGUGGAGAAGGCAUAAAUGAGUUGUCAUUGUGUGAUAAGGGGAAUCAAAUUCUAGAAGAAUGGAGGAGACAAUAUACUUGUGAUAAGUUCAAUGAGUCAAUGUUGAUGGGAACAAAUCAAAUAAAAGUGGUAAGGAAGUUGGUGUUGGUAGAAGACUUUUCAAAGUUAAAUUGGUGUAAAUAUAUGCUUGAUUGUUUGGGAUCAAUGAAAAAACUAUGGAAAAGGGAUGACAAAUCAAGCUACUACAGUGGUCCUAUUACACUCCUGAUUUUGAUGUACGUGUAUAACAUGAAGUAUUCUAUGAAGUUAGAUAAAAGGAUUUCUUUAAUUGGGCAUAGUAAUGGUGCUAAUUUAUUAGAGAUUCAACAAUUGGAAAUUAGUUUGGGAGGGUCCGGGAAGCAAUUUCGGGAUGAACAUGAUGAUAUCGAUAUGAGGGAUGAAACAGGAGGUGAAGAACAACAAUUGGUUAGUUUUAAGAGAGAUUUUGGAGAUGAGGAGGAUGGUUUGGUAAAAUUCCCUGAUAGUGUAGUGUUGAAUGAGUGGAUGGAAAAGAUGAAUGAGCUUUUCAAGGAAGUGUAUGAAGGGGCAAGUAACAAAAAUGUUCAUGAGCCGGAGGGUUGUAAUGAGUUAAAUAUGAAUGAUGUAGGUGAUGGCGGUGAAGGAAAUUGUUCACCUAUUAGAGGAUUGAUAGUUACUGACGUUAAUGUAGAAAAAGAAGUCAAUUAUAGUACACAUGUUGAUACCAAUUCUUUAACAAUGAGUCAUUUUCAUCGACUUCCUGGGGUUAAUGAGGAAAUGAUUAAGUUGUUGGAUGAAACUGAGUUACAGGUGUAUAGAAGGAAAAAGCUAAUGUCGGGAAUGAGUGGGGAUAAUGUGGUUGGAAGGAGAAGUUGUUGA